AUCUCCUUCUCCUGAAAUGCUUGGAAGUACGCUGUGCUAUAGAAGAAAUCCUAGGCAUAAUUCUAGGCAAUUGAAGUCCUUUCGUAUUCCUUUUUCUAUUUCGCUGUGUCACAUCUAGCCCGUGCCGCAAUCAUGCAAAUUGGAAUGAGCCCCGACGAUGUGGCCUGGGAACAAGCCGAGGACAUUGCUGACAACUGGCUCCUCCAGUUUCUCGAGAUCAACACCUUGAGACCGAUUGCAGAUUUUAUCCUCAGUCAUAACAGAGGCGAUGCUACCGAGUUUGCCAUGCUUAGGAAGGGCUCCUACAAUAUUUCCUUGCGCUUGAAGUACCAAAAUGGUGCUACAGUUAUACGAUUAUCGCAGCCCGGUGCCGUGCUUUUUCCUGAGGAGAAAGUCGUAAACGAGGUUUCCAUAAUGCGCUUUAUCACCGAUCAGACAACAAUCCCGGUUCCUUUUGUUCUGCACUCGGGUACGAAACAGGAGAGUCCUCUCGAACUAAGUCCCUUUAUCAUCAUGGAUUAUGUGGAGCACGAAACAAAAAUGUACGACGCCCUCAAUACCCCGGGAUGCCCGAGAGAGAAACCGGGCAGACUAGACCCAAAUAUUGCCCAGGAUAGACUGGAGAUGCUUUACUCCCAGAUGGCCGGGGUCUUACUUCAACUCUCGACCCCCUCACUGCCUCGUAUAGGCUCUCUCAGCCAGGUUGACGACUUCACCUGGGAAGUAGCACGCCGGCCUUUGUCAAUAAACAUGAACGAGCUCGUCCGGCUGGGAGAUUUGCCGCGCUCGAAACUGCUUGAACCACAAACUACAUUUGACACGGCCUCGUCAUAUUUUCAGUACCUUGCAGAUUUGAACCUGGAACAUCUAACCCACCAACGCAACGAUGCAAUAACCUCCCCGGAUGACUGUCGAAGAAAAUACAUUGCGCGCUGUCUUUUCCGCAAGCUAGCCCGCCAAAGGCGUCUGACCACUCCCUCGCUGGAGAACGGACCUUUCCAGGUCUGGUGUGAUGAUCUUCGUCCCGCAAAUGUACUUCUAUCCCAAGAGAUGCGAAUCGUGGGCGUGGUAGACUGGGAAUUCACAUAUGCUGCCCCGGUAGAAUUCUCAUACGCACCUCCAUGGUGGUUGCUGAUUGAGAAGCCGGAGGACUGGGCGGAGGGCAUUGAGGACUGGACCAGAGUAUUUGGUCUCCGGCUGCAGACAUUCCUUAAGGUGAUGAGGGAGUGUGAGGAUCGAGCGAUUGAACAGGGUCGGCUGCAGGAGGGGCAGAGGCUUUCCGGUCCCAUGAAGCGGAGCUGGGAAAGUGGAGACUUCUGGGUUGUGUACGCGGUGCAACAUAGCUUUGCUUUCGAUUUGAUCUACUGGAUGAAGAUUGACCCUCGCUUUUUUGGGCCCACUGAAAAAGGGCCAGAGAGGACGUGGGAGGAGAGGGCUGAUUUGUUGAGUGAGGAGGAGAAGAAGGAGAUGGAAUUGCUUGUGGCGAAAAAGAUGGAGGAAAGAGAUACUAGACCUCUUGCUUGGGAUCCGGAUGAGUAUACUUUGGGUUUUCAGCAAGAGUUGAAGAAGCGGAGAGCAAAAGAGGCGGAAAAAGCGGUGGCGGAAGUGGUUGAAGCUGAUGGUGCUCGUACUGAUGGAACUGGAGCUAGUCGCAACAUGAGUGAUCGUUAAGCACAAUACUUGGAUACUGCUCCCACCUACAAAGCCAGCUUCAUCAUUUCCUUCUCCCACAAGCAGCCAAGUUAUCACGCCAAGGCGUGCUGUAAACGAAAACCAAGCAACUGCGCGGCGCAGAACACCGAGAGCUCCGCCACCCAACCCAAACGAACCAUGCCUCUAUCCCCUCCUACGCAUCAGCAAAC